CACAGAGGAGAUCCUUCGAUUGUCCAUUGGGCCAGCCUUGCUUUUGCAAAGGUUCCCUCGCGAACAAGGGAACGUCGAACGGGAGAUGUACGGGUAAAAAGUCGACGUUGAUCUCCCGUGCUCUUUGAGGUGCAUUUGAUCCCUGAUCGCCUCAUUUGAUAGACGCUGCUCUGUUCGUACAUCUUCUUUGCAAGGCUGUACACCUUUUAAAAUCACGCGACCCGACCCAUUUUCUCGCAAUCGUACGGCAAGAGCACCUGGAGGAUAAAGAGCUUGCUUUUGUUGCUGUAGAGGGCAGCUGCAGGGACAAGAUGGCCGACUUGCCGGAGGCUAAUGGCGAGCAGCCCAAAUCGACCGACAUGAGCGUCAAUGGUAAUGUAGCGGCUCAGGAUGAGACCGCUAGCGGACUUCACGAUGACCCGCAAGAGGAAGCCCAGCAAUACCUGAUCACAGUGUAUCUUCCGGAGAGGCCUCUGCUGCCGGCCAAUGCCACGUCGCUCGGUGUGCCAGAGCCGCCGUCGCCGCUACAGAUUCCUCUCAGCUCAAUCGACACCCUCAACGAGGUUCGCGCAACACUCACGGACAAUCAUGAAGGAUACUGGCUCGGAGCCUUCUGCUUCCGGCGCCCUUUAAAGGCAAGUGAGGCAAAGCCCAACGGCAAAACUGACAGGCUUCAGCUCAGUGAACGAUUGUCCGAAUGGGUCGAGCUGAAGACGAUCUUCGGUGAAGACGCGGCCGAGGACCGUGUCAUUUAUGUCACCCAUGUUCAAUUCAACGAACACGAAGCAAGGCAGCACCUUGUGCGAUUCCGUGAAAUCCUCUCAGGAGGCUCGCAUGACCCCACCAGUCUCGGGAUAGAUGCAGGAAUCAGCGUUCACGAUGCUAUCCGACACAAGGAGGAAUGGAUCAAAGAAUCUCAGCCGAGCAGUCGAGAACCUGUCACCAAGCAAAAGGGCGGCAAGGGGCAGAAAAAAGAUCAAGACAAGGAGCAAGCCAGCAAGGACGUCGAAGCGAGCGCAAAAGAUGCUAAGGAAAAUCCUUUCGCCAACUGGGAUGGAUGGACUGAGACACCCAUGAGCGCCCUAAUCCCCGAGCAAGCGCGAAAGCUCCGCCCGUCUGGGCCGUGCCUUAGGCACAUUGCCAUGGCGCAAUGGAACCCUCCACCUCAAGAUCUGCGCCUGCAAGGCCACCAUUACUAUAUCCACGUGGUAACGCUCGAAAACGAUACCAUCUACAUCACAGCCUGCACCGAGGGUUUCUAUAUCAGCAACUCGACGUCGUCUUCCUUCAACCCGACGCCUCGACCCGGUUCGGCGAGCUUCGCUUCGGUGUCUCUGUAUGAUCUGCUUUGCGCGUACUCCCCCCUCUUUCUGUUUAACUUUGCCAAACUCUUCCAAGACCCACUCUCGCAGCGCGACUUCCACUCCAUCGUCCCCAUCACCAACUGCAUGCAAGCAUUCCCAUGGCUCGCCAGGAAGCAUGCGCACACGGCUGAUGCUGCCAGGUCGCAGAUCGCAUACCUGCUCACUGGUGCCUUGUCGCUCGAUACUCUGGAUGGCACACGCGAUUGGAAUGAAGAGCUGCAAUCGACACGUGAGCUGCCUCGCUCCACACUCAACGAGCGUGUACUCAGGGAUCGCUUCCUGAGUCGCGUCUAUGCAGAGUUUGUCGCUGCCACCGCUCGCGCCGUGCCACGCGUCGCCGCUGGUGAGGUACAAGCUAUGAACCCGAUGGACAAGCCGGGUGCGCAAAUGUUCCUCUGCAACAACCUCUUUAUCUCCAAAGGUGUCGACGGCGUGGACCUCUACCCGCAUCUUGGGGGAGAUGAGGCAGCCUACGUGGCCGUCGGCAAGGAUCUCGCUGGUAUCAGAAUCCUCAACACCCUCGACAUCCCCGGCCUCUCGCUCCUUGGCACCGCUGUCGUCGACUGGAAAGGAGAGCGUUGGGUUGCCCAGACCAUCGUCCCUGGUCUAUUCCGAAAGCAUGAGGAUCCAUCAGAGGAAGAUGAAAAGGCGGACGAGGAGGCGAGUGCUACCGCGCAAGAUGAGGCCAAGAAAGGAGAGGCUGAAAAGAAGAAAAAGGAACCUACGCCUCUCGAGGAGACUGCGGUCGUCUAUGGCGGUGUUGAUGGUCCCGAAGUCAUUCGCUCAGAGCCCAGCAUGCACAAGAUCUUUGGCAAGAUUUCAAAUGCCUUGCGCCUCGCUGAGCAUGACAUUGAGGAUGCAGAAGGCGAAAAACACCGCUUAUUCACCAGCGUUGAAUGUAAAGGUUUGCAAGGGGCUGAUGGACGAAAGUACGCGCUCGAUCUGGCUCGACUCAACCCUCUUGAUAUCGAAUGGCUCGAGCAGGAUAUCAAGGGCAAGUCCGUCAACUCAGAUACCGAGGUUGGCGAAUAUCCUCACCGUCUCACCGUUCUCCGUCCCGAGCUGCUUGAACUGUAUUGGGACAGCACCUUCCGCCAAUGGGCACGGGACGAACUUGACAAGCAGGAGAAGGAAACAAAAGAAAAGGAAGCUACGGCACGGGAUGAAGUCAAAGAGAAGGAUGUUGCUGCAGUUGCUGAGCAGCGCAAGAUCAACCCCGAAGAAUUCAAGCUGAGCUUCAACUGCGAUGCCUUUGUUGAGUUCAAGUUUGGCGGUGCCGAGGAUGCUCCAAGUGAGAUCAAGGUCCUCGUCAACGAUGAGUCCGAUCCCACCGUCGCGGCCGUGCGCUCUGCGAGCAGGCAUCUCCGCGAAAUCGCAGUGCCUCGCCUCGUCAGCGACGCAGCCGCUGGUCUGCUCCAGGCCAUGGACGGCCAGGCUCUCACGACUCACCUCCAUUUGCGCGGUAUCAACCUGCGCUACCUUGGACUAGUGGCACACUUGUGCGAACCAUCUCAAAAGGAGCGGCUUGACCAGAGCAUUCUUGGCAAAGCAGAUCCAGGCUACCAGGUCUACCUCGACAGCCUGCGAUACGUCUGCUUGCAAGAGAUGGUCGUCAGGGGAGGCAAGCGCGUGCUUCGGGAGAUGCUCCAUGAAUGCCGCCUCGAUGAGCAAGCCAACGUCGUCUCGCAUUUCCUGAACUGCUUGCUCGGGGCUACGCGCAAUCCCCAGCCCAGGGCGGUGCACCACCGUUCCCCGUUGCAACUCGGCUCAGAAGAUCCUGAAUGGACACAACUGACGCCGGCUUCCUUGCACAGCAAGAUCGUCGAACAAGUUGCGCGUCGUUACCGAUACGCCUUACCCUCUGACUUCAUCGAGCACACUCUGCAAAAGCGGCAGACUCUACGCGCGAUUUGUCUCAAGAUGGGCAUCCAACUACACCUCCGCGAUUACGAUUUUGUCGGCCCCUCAGAAGCUGCUUCUCCGCUGGUCAAUGGUCACGCUGCUCUCGAAGGCGCACAUGCCCAGAACAUUGCGUCUGAGGAAUCUGCAACGGACGAACAUCACAACACCGAGAGCAAGACAAAGAAAAAGAAGCGCAAGGCGGCUGUGAAGCUCAACGGCGCGCUCGAAGCGGCGGCGAACACGACUUUCACCCCGCAAGAUGUCCUGAAUCUUGUACCUGUCAUCAAGGAUUCCACACCCAAGAGUGCUCUGCCUGAAGAGGCCAUGGAGGCGGGCAGGACCUGCUUGGCUCGCGGCGAGCGCGACAUUGGCAUCGAGCUCAUCCACGAGGGCAUCACCUUUGCUGAGAACAUCUAUGGCGUUGUCCACCCUGAAGUCUCGCGUGCAUAUGCUCAGUACGCCUCAACGGUGCACCAACACGCAUCUAUCAUGGCUAUCGAGGCGCAGCAGAGGCGCGCCAAAGCACAGGCGGAGAACAAGGAGCCAGAAGAGCCAGAAAUUUCGUCGCUGGUUUCCGAGACGCUCACCUUCGCGAACGCGCUCAAGCUGCAGCGCCUGGCGGUGACAGUAGCGGAACGUACGAUCGGCCUCGACUCACAGGAGACGCUAUUCCAGUGGAUCAACCUGUCGGUCAUGGAGCGCGUCAAUCGCAAUUCGUACGAGGCUAUGGCCUGUCAGAAGCGAGCACUUGAGCUUUGGGAUAUCAUCCACGGCAGGGAGCACCCAGAAAGCAUUCAGUCUCUCAUGCAGAUCGCUCAGACGCUGCAAGCGAUCAAUGAGCCGUCCCAGGGCAUGAAGGUCUUUCAGACUGCCUACGAUCUGACGCGCAAACUCUUUGGCACCAACAGCAUUCACACUGGGCAGGCUGCCCACGCCAUGGGAGAAUCCCAGACGCUGGCCGGUGACCUGAAGAGCGCUGUGUCGUUCGCCAAGGAGGCUUACAAUAUUUUCGAAGCACGUCUGGGCAAGGAGGACGAGCAGACGCGUGACAGCGAGCAGUUCCUCAGCGCGCUGACGGCCGCUGCCGUUCGCUACGCCAAGGCCGAGAAGGAUGCACUGGAGCGUCAGCGGGCGCUGCGUGCUCGCAUCAGUAACACGACGGGGCCAAGAGGCGCGCUGCGGCUAACGCAGCGGCAGCAGCAGGCGCAGGUGCGCGCGUCAUCUGCUUCCGCUUCCGCGGCCGAUGCAGCGCCAUCAGGCCCGGCAUCUGCGACGGUAGACCCCGAGCUUAGCAAACGUCUAUCGCAGCUACCUGUGUCAGAGAUUGUCAAGUACAUCCAAGGGGGCGAGAACAGCAAGACGGCGAGCUCCUCGUCUUCUUCGAGGAAGGGAAAAGGCCGUGCCAAGGGCAGUGCAUCUAGCAGACUCGGACGAUGAUGAAGUACAUGCCUGACGUGCUUGCCCGACGUCAUUGACUUGAGGUCUACGGGCUCUCGUUUUUUUGAAUCCAAACAAAAUGCCGGCAUCUCUGUAUGAAGAUGUCCAUGAGAUCCACAUCCCCCUCAAAAAGCAUCCAUCCAUAAUCAUUUGCAAGAGAGAGUCACUCCCACUUUCCUUACAAAGUCAACCUGUAUCAUGCACGACACUUUCCUUUCGCAAUGCACACACCGCUCUGCUAGCUCCUUUUGGGGGGUCGACGUGCAGCUGUCCUGCGCAUCCGCCCAAUGCCCAUGUAUGUCUGUGCUCCUCCUGCCGACUCAUCUCGACGACCCGGGCGGCCAGGGCUGCUGUGCCGGCCAAGCAGGCUCAAACGCAUCACUGGCCGAUGCCACUCACAAC